AUGCCAUUCUUGUUUCCUGGAUAUAUUGUCUUGGGUCAGUCGUUGAACAGGAAACUGUCAUUUCCCAUAUUUAAUCCAAAACUAUUCUCUUUAGGAGCUGAGUACAGCUGGCCAAAGGCCCCUCCGGAGGUGGGACUUGUUUUGAAACAAGGAUACUUGGAAAAGAGAUCCAGAGACCCUAAAAUCUUUGGUUCAGAAUGGCAGAAGCGAUGGUGCGUCCUCGACCAGGUGACCUUCUACUACUAUGCAAAUGAAAAAAGCAAGCAUCCGAAAGGCAUGUUCCCAAUCGAGAACUACCGUGCUGGACUGGCUUCCUACCUACGCAAGGAUGCCCGAAAAGAUUGCUGUUUUGAACUGAUGUGUCCUGGCAAGCGUACCUACGAGUUCACAGCUCCCAGCCCUGAAGAAGCCAAGGACUGGGUGGAUCAUAUCCUGUUUCUGCUAAAGGAUAUGAGGUCCCUUGUUAUCCCUUAUGAGGAGGAUGUCAAAGAAGAAACCUAUGAUGACAUCGACAGUUUUGAUUCCUCAAAUAGGACACUUAAGGAUUCUUUUCAGAACAUGGAAGAAGAGGAGACUGAAGAAGACUGCAAAGAAGGCAUUUAUGAAAUCUUACCAGAUGAGGAACUUGGCUUGACUCCUCUGGACAACAUUGAAGAUGCUGACGAGUUGGAGCAGGCAGAAGGCUUCGCAAGAAGUUACGCCAAUUACUACCAAGCACUGUGGGACUGUACCGGUGGCCGUCCUGAUGAGCUGACCUUCCAACGGGGAGAUCUGGUCAAUAUCCUUAGCAAGGAAUACAAUAUGCACGGCUGGUGGGUCGGAGAGCUGAACCAUGUGGUGGGGAUUGUCCCCAAGGAAUAUCUCAUGCCGGCCUACGAUGUGGAAGGCGUAUGAACAGCAGAUCUCUGUGGGUCCCACCUCUUCCCAUUGCUCUACUUUGCUGACCCAACAGAUGUGCUUCUUUGCUAUUCCUAAGACACACAUGUACACCACAAGAUAUGCGUAUGUCCCUUGACCCACACCAGGACUCUUACAAAAGCAAUACCCUCUCUCUCGUUCCUUUGGGCUUUUCACACUGAGAUUUACAUUCUAAACUUUGCCUCGCUACUUUCUCUGUCCAGCUCCAUCCACCGCCUGCCUUCAUUCUGGAAGUUUACUCAGACCUGAGAUCAUUGGAAUUUCCAAACAUGUAAUAGUAGGAAGUAUUUUUGUUCCCAGAACACUCAAAAGGAAUCAGUAAGUUUUGACGAGAAUCCAAA